AAUUCAGAUCUUCUCUAAUCUUGUUGAAAGUUUAGCUACCUUUGAUAUAAUUCUCUAAUCUUGAAAAAGAAAAAUAGAAGUCUAGGAACUGUUUCUCUAAAUGCUAAACUUAGUUUUCAAUGCUCCUAUUUAUAUUAAGAAUAAAAUAGGAGUGUUUGGUAACUAGGAUAGCAACCUAGGGAAUUAUUAUUAUUAUUUUUUUCUUCCUGCAUAGCCUCGUCGGUGAGGGGUCUGGAACCUACUUCAGGCUGCGAAACCCCUGAUGCUACUGUUUUGUGCCACAUUGAUCAGGGGUCGGAACCUGCUUCAGGUUGCGGAGCCCUGAUGCUACUGGAAUUCCUUUUGCGCUGGUAACGGCAACUUCACGGACUUGCGAAUUUUGCUCUUAAUCAAAUAUGGAUAUAUUUCACUUUAGCCUUCAAAGUUCCAGAUUCAUACUUGGAUCCUCAUCUUUCCAGCUCUUUGCAUUUAAGUUCUUUUGCUCUAAUUCUUCUCCACUUAACAUCAAACCUUUAAUCAUCACAAAAUUUGCACAAUAUGAAUAAAAUGAAUACUUAUGAAAUUAUUUAUAAGAAAAUACAACUCUUAAACCCAUAAUUCUACAAAUGUCAUUGAUUAAGCACACUUUAAAUAUACAUUUUCUUUCUUUCAUCAACAUUCGAUUUCUAUUGAAAAUUAUUGGAGGGGCAACUGCAGCAAAGAUACAGUAGCCAAUGUGGUGUUGAAAAGCUCAAUAAAAGGUCAGCCAUUUCCCAACUAUGACAAAAAUUACAACAGAUUAGUUUUAGAGGCAAGAGUUUCAUUACAAAAUAAAACAGGAAAAACCAUCCAAACUUACAGCUCUUCAAUAAAAUUAAUAAAAAAAAGUGUUGCAUAAUCUAUACUGUAAUUGACUGUACAACAUAAAUGAUUAAAUAAGGUAAAACCCCAUAAUAUUUGAAGCUACUUCCAUUUUUAUUAUCCAUUCUGCUAUUACUAACUACAAAAUAAAGAAUUCAUGAAUAAUUGUGUCUGGCUUUAAUAUCUCUUUUAGGAGGAAAAAAAAAAAUUGUGCUAACCGAUUUCGUCAACCCUGCUACACGUGGGAACAAAAAAGUCAGCAAGGUUGAUAUUCCAUGCUGGAAAUGUGUUCGUUAAAAUGUUAGAGAAAAUUUUAGUUGGCAAUGCUCAAAUAAUAGCAAAAAUCAUUU